AUGAUCAUUCAUUCAUUCAUUCAUUCAUUUUCUUUUCUUUCUUUCUUUCUUUCUUUCUUUUUUUCUUUCUUUCUUUCUUUCUUUCUUAAUUCCAGAAGCAUCUAUAAUCUUCAUUCAUUUUCUUUCUUUCUUUCUUUUUUUCUUUCUUUCUUUCUUUCUUUCUUUCUUUCUUUCUUUCUUAAUUCCAGUGUCAUCUAUAUAGCUUUUCUUUCUUUUUUUCUUUCUUUCUUUCUUUCUUUCUUUCUUUCUUUCUUUCUUUCUUUCUUUCUUUCUUUCUUAAUUCGAGCAGCACCUAUAAUCGUUAUUCAUUUACUUACUUUCUUUCUUAUUUUCAGUAGCAUCUCUAUCGGUUUUCUUUCUUUUUCUUUCUUUCUUUCUUUCUUUCUUUCUUUCUCGCACAAUAUUUCUUUGUUUCUUGCUUACACCUUUCUUUCUUAUAUUUUCUUUCUUUCUUUUUUCUUUCUUUUUCUUUCUUGCAUACUCUUUUUUUUCCUUCCUUCUUUCUUUCUUAUAGUUUUCAUUUCUUUCUUUUUUUUCACAUUUGUAAUUGUUCUUUCUUUCUUUCUUUCUUUCUUUCUUUUUCUGUCUUUCUUUCUUUCUUUCUUUCUUUUUUCUUCUUACAUUUUUAAUCUUUCUUUCUUACAUCUUACAUUGUUUUCAUUCUUUGUUUUUCUUUGUUUCUUUUUUCUUACGACUGCAAUCUUUCUUUCUUUCUUUCUUUCUUUCUUCUUUCUUUCUCACAUUUGGACAAGCUGCUUGAACAUUGGCAGCCAGGAAACGGUUAAGGUCGAAUUUUACUUUUUUUCUUCUCUCUCGCCAUUCCAAUCUUUCUUUGUUGUACUCAUCCGUCUUUCUUUUUCUUUCCUUUUAUUACCGUCCAUUUUUUCUCUUUUUCUUUUCACUGCUACAUCAUUUCUUUUCUUUCAUCAUAUCACCCUUAUGUAUUUCUUCGUGUUUUUUUUUGUUUUUUUUCAUUUUCAUUUUAAUCGGCGUCUUUUUUUACUCUUUUGUGAUCUCUUCUUUUUAUAUUGA